AUGGGUCAAUUAUUAUCUCAUCCACUUACGGAGAAAACCAUAGAGUAUAAUGACUACAAGGAUCACAUUUUAGGUACGAAUAAGCUCAAUAAAUUGAAUUCGAGAUUCUAUAAUUGUAUUGGUACGAUGCAAGGUUACAGGUUGACUCAAGAGGAUUCACACAUAGUACAAAAUGAGGAUGAUAUCCUGGAAAUAGAUUUUUAUAAUCCUUUCAAGCAAAAAGUGGAGAAGCUGCUGAUUUCUUUAUUUGCUGUUUUCGAUGGUCAUGGUGGGGAUGAAUGUUCCAAAUUUUUAAGUGGUGAUUAUAGUGAAAAUAAUAACAAGGUUGAUUCCUCGAAUGAUGAUAGUACGAAAUAUCGUGGAGUAUCGAAAUGGAUCAAAUACUCCUUUGAAAAUCAUGAAUAUGGUGCAUGUAACAUACAUAAAGUUGACAGCGAAUUCGUUGUUAAAAAACGCCAGCGUGAUGGUCGAAACGACAGAAUCAAAGUCAAAAGACUUUUCAAUACAAUUGAAGGUUUAAUUUCACAGAUUAUCAAAGAUGCUUUUAUUCUACAGGAUAAAGAACUGUACACCCAUUUUGCAAAUAGCUCCUGCGGAUCUACAGGUGUAAUGGCCUUACUCAUAAAUGGUGAAAUGUUAUAUGUAGCCAACUGCGGUGAUUCUCGUUGUAUUCUUUCUUCCAAAAACGGAGGAAUUAAAACUAUGUCAUUCGAUCAUAAACCUCAACAUAUAGGUGAGUUACUUAGGAUCAAUGACAAUGGUGGUACGGUCUCACUGGGUAGAGUUGGUGGUGUUCUCGCCCUAAGUAGGGCAUUCAAUGAUUUCCAAUUCAAAAGAGGAGUACAAUAUUCUGAUAAAACAGUUAAUAGCAGUAAUUUGGAUAAUCAGAGUAGAUUUAGAAUACCACCACAGGAAUCUCAGGUAACUGUCGAACCCGACGUGCUAAUGCAUAAAAUUGAUUAUAAAAAGGAUGAAUUCCUCGUUAUUGCCUGCGAUGGUAUAUGGGACGUUUAUAGCAACAAGCAACUGUUACGAUUUAUAAAAUAUCAUUUGUCUAUGGGUACGAAGCUAGAUAAUAUAUUGCCUAAAUUACUCGACCACGGUAUCGCACAGGCCAACAGUAGUACAGGGGUCGGAUUUGAUAAUAUGACAGCCAUAAUAGUGGUGUUAAACAAAUCAGGUGAAUCGUUAACAGAUUGGUACACGAAGAUGAAGAUACGCCUUGAACGAGAGAAAGGACUGGUAUGA